CCCGGCCACGGCUGGUACCUGGUAAGGCUGCGAGUCCCCCCUCCGGUCGUGACAGCUGAAAAACAGGAAGAGACACAGCGACAUGAGACAUCGCGGGAGGAGGAAGAAAAAACGGGUCCCCCCUCCACCCCUCCCGCGGCAGACCUAACAAGUGUACCCCGCGAGCAACACGCACACACACACUCACACCAGGACGGCGAAACGCUGCAACCCCGGCCCUCGGCUCCCCUCCACGCACACUCCCUCCUCGCUGCUCCCGCGGCUGCUCCUCCUCCCCAGCCCGAUCCGGAUCAGGGUUAACAACAAAAAUGGCGGCCUGGCCAGCACCAGAUAAGGAGGAACAGCCCCCCCUCCGCCGCCGCCGCCGCCCCCCGCUGCGGCCCGGCCCGAAAAGAAGAAAACACAAUUUACCCAUCACUGAGUCUCUGCUGUUUCCUCGCAUACAUUACCAUCAAUGCCCGGCCUGUGAGUGUGUGUCGGGGAGGGGGGAGAGCGGCCGCGAGAGGCGGGCGGGCGGGCGGGCGGCAGUACCGGCACCACGGCCCGGCGCGCCCUCGGCGAGUCUCAGCACCUCCCCGUUACUGGCGCCGGCGCUCCCGGGCCAUCUCCCUCCGCCGACACCACACUCACUCUUGGCCGGGGCAACGGCGCCAACUACACGGCGGCAGCGGCGAACCGGGGGGAGGGGGGCAAGAAGACGCGUCUGGCUCAGCGCCGCGGAAAGCGAAUGCCUUCCCCGCCUUCUCCUCCUCCUGCUCCGCCGCCUCCUCCCCUCCUCCCCCCGCCGCCGCCGCUGCCUGGUCCUUCGCCUCUCCUCCUCCCGCCGCCGCCACCGCCGCUGGUGCCGCCGAUACCGCUCCACCAACUACAUCCGGGCAACUCGGAUGCUGCCGCCUUCGGAAAACAUCGGCAGUUUCCGCCGCGCCCGUCCUCUCCCACCCUCGGUCUUCCUCCCCGCCCAGCGCAGCUCCAGAACGGCGCCUUCGGCAAACCUCGGCUUGUGCCGGCCUUCCUCUUCCUCUGAGGCCUGCUUCGCCUCUUCACGGCCCGUCAGCUCUUUCCGGUUGCCGCUUCUUUUCCUCACGCGCGCGUCCGGCCACCCCUAUUCCUGUUCAGGGCUAGCCCCGCUCAGGGACUUGCUCGAGGCCGGUCCCAGUGGCUCUGGGGUACGCAGGGGCCGCCUUCGGGAGGAGGACGGUGGGGCGCGAAGGAAGCCAUCGCGGACUAAAGGAAGGCGGUUGCGCGUGCGCCCAGAAGCGAGGGGGUGGUGGGUGCCCUCCGGCGAGCUCUCGGGCCGCCCGCCCCCUCCCCUGCGGGCUCUGAUCGCCGGGUCGUCUACAAGCCCCUAGUUAGGCGACAGGCGAGCGGUUACCGAGUAGCUCUCUGGUUGUAGUUCGCGGAUCCUGCCCUCGGGAAAGCGGGGCGCCUGACCCGGCUCCGUCAGGGCUUCCCUGUGGGGGCCAGAUGCUGGGCCUGCGCACCUGGCCCAGAUGAGACGCUGAGCACGCUACCGGCCGUCAGCCGGGCAGGGGCUUCUCCGCGCGCGCCCGGCGGCGUUUUAGAAGUAAGUCACGCUCUCUUAACGAGAACUGCCGAAUACAGAGGCGUUAGGGGAUUUGUACCGAAUGCGAGAAAGCUGUGUUCCUAGGAUUCCUGAAUUGAGGAGGGAGCGCCGCUCAGGGCAGUAAAUUAAGAAAUCGGAUUAGGCUGGAGAUUUAUAAGGAUGGGCUACUUGGGAAAAGCGUUCAGCUGUCGCAUCCUCUUUCGAUAUUUUCCUUUCUCAGCAUGGGGAAUUCACCGUGCACGCCCCACCCUCUCCUUAUUUGCCAUUUUUUCGCUCUUCGAGUUCCUCGCUGAAAUAUUGGUGAAGUAAAAUUCAUUUGGAGGCUCUAGAUGUGAGGCUUUGCAUGUGAAGUAUUAACAGGCCUGUUGCUGUCGAGUCCGACUGAUAGCCGGCCCUCUAGCACAGACUAGAACUGCCCCAUAGAGAUUCCAAGGCUGUAAAUCUUUAAGAAAGCGGACUGCCCCAUCUUUCUCCCUCAGAGCGCCUGGUGGGCUUUUUGAUUAGCAACCAAAUGCUUAACCGCUGUGCCACCAGGGCCCCUUUAUGUCGGCAUUUAAAAAAAAAAGUUGCUUUGGAGUCCACUCUGACUCAUAGCCACCCUGUAGGCAGAGUAGAACCGCCCCAUAGGGUUUCCGAGGAGCAGCUGGUGGAUUGGAACUGUCCACCUUUUUCUUAGCAGCCUGAGCUCUUAACCACCCAAACCAAAACCCACUGCUGUCAAGUGUAUUGACUUAUAGCGACCCUAUAGGACAGAGUAGAACUGCCCCAUAGAGUUUCCGAGGAGUGCCAGGUGGAUUUGAACUGCCAACCUCUUGGUUAGCAGCCAUAGCACUUAACCACUAUGCCACCAGGGUUUCCCUCUUAACCACAGGGCUACUUUAUGUCAGAUAUUAGGGUAUGCGAAAUUAAAUUGCUACAAAUUUAAUUUUGUGGGCUGCUGCAGUCCAGGAAGAUCAAAGACUGCAGCCUUCAGUAUGGACUGCAUUUCGCCAAAAAGGAGACAAAAAUCCUCACAACUCGACCAAUAAGAAACAGGAUAAACGAGGAAAAUAUUGAAGUUGUCAAGGAUUACAUUUUACUUGGAUCCACAAUCAACAGCCAUGGAGGCAGCAGUCAAGAAAUCAAAAGAUGUAUUGCAUUGAGCAAAUCUGCUGCAAAAGACCUCUUUAAAGUAUUUAAAAGUAAAGAUGUUACUUUGAAGACUAAGAUGUGCCUAACCCAAGUCAUGGUGUGUUCAAUGGCCUCAUAUGCCUACAAAAGCUAGACAAAGCCAGAGAAGAAUUGAUACCUUUGAAUUAUGGUGUUGGCAAAGAAUAUUGAAUAUACCAUGAACUGCCAGAACAACUAACCAAUCUGUCUUGGAAGAAGUAUGGCUAGAAUGUUCCUUAGAAGUGAGGAUGGGCAAGACUUUGUCUCAUGUACUUUGGACAUGUUGUUAGGAGGGACCAUUCCCUGUAGAAGGACAUCACGCUUGGGAAAAUAGGGAAAAAGAGGAAGACCCUCAACGAGAUGGAUUGAAAAAAUGGGCUGAAACAGCAGUGAUUGUAAGGAUGAUAUGGGACCAGGCAUUGUUUCAUUCUGUUUUACAUAGGGUCACUAUGAGUUGGAACCAACUUGUCCACACUUAACAACCCAGGCACAAUAGCAACAUUGGCAUAUGGUGGGAGGGGACAUUAGGUAUUUCAAAAAAUUAAAUUUUACUUUGGUGGUAGUGUUUUUUUUUCUUUUCUAAAUUUUUCUGUUCUAAAUUUCUUCUAAGGAAGUUGAUUAUACGGCAUUAGUUUAAUGAAAAACAUUGUAAUAAAGUAAAUGUAUAAACUAGGCAUCAUUAGGGGAAAAAAAGGCAAAGUAGGAAAUCAAUCAAAAGAAAGUAGACCUCUCCAAAAAACAAUAUCAAAAAAUAAAUGAUUUGUUUAGGCAUGUGUAUCUGACAGGUUGUUAUUCCUAAGCCUAGUUAAAAGGUGGAAUUAUGGAGGGGAAAAGGGCCCCUGAAAUCACAACCAGUUGAAAAAAAUUAGUCUUAUUUACCACAAGGUGCUCUCAUAGCACACCGGUUAAGUGCUAGGCUGCUAAGGUUGGUGGCUGAACCCUCCACAGGAGAAAGGUGUGGCAAGUUCUCCUUGGAAACCCUAUGGGGAUAAUUCCCAACCUUAUAAGGUAGCGAUGAGUCGGAAUCCAUUCAACAGCAAAGGUUAUUUACCACAUCCACUUGCUAAAUGUAAAGAUUGUACCAGUUUAUAAGGACCAGUGAAAACCUAUUUAAUGCCCACUUAAGCUGUCAGCAAUUAAGAAAACAAGUCAGUCUAAAAUAACGCAAAAGGGGUAAAAAAAAAAAAAAAAGAGUCUUAGUGCAACUUUCAGCACUUUUGUAACAAACUGAAGACAGGAGACAUUAGAGUAAAAAAUGGUAAUAUGUAAAUCUUACGCAGGAGGCAGCGAAGUUACCUGAUUUUUACAUGAUAAGCAAAUGUCUAUGCUGAAAUUGAAUUACACUGCUGGAGCAAGAGCAGCAAACUGGACUAAGCUAUGGGGAGAAACAGUCCCAGGCAGUGUUUAUCCUAAAGGACACUUCUAAAUGGCAGGAGAAGCCAACAUAGUCUCAAGUGUCCACCUGAUCCAAGAAGCUCAUGCCUCACCAGCAUCCCUCUCCAACCCACUGUCCAAUCCAAUCCCUGUCUGAAGAGUUGGCUUUGGGAAUGGUUCCUGUCCUGGGCCAACAGAAGGCCUGGGGGCCAUGACCACCAGGGUCCUUCUAGUCUCAGUCAGACCGUUAACUCUGGUCUUUUUAUGAGAAUUUGGGGUCUGCAUCCCACUGCACUCUUCCUCCCUCAGGGGUUCUCUGUCAGGUCAGUCAUUGGUUGUAGCUGGGCACCAUCUAGUUCUUCUGGUCUCAGGAUGAUGCAGUCGCUGGUUCAUGUGGCCUUUUCUGUCCCUUGGGCUCGUAAUUACCUUGUGUCCUUGGUGUUCUUCAUUCUCCUUUGAUCCAGGUAGGUUGAGACCCAUUGAUGUAUCUUAGAUGGCCACUUGCUAGUGUUUAAGACCCCAGACGCCACUCUUCAAAGUGGAACGCAGAAUGUUUUCUUAGUAGGUAUUAUUAAGCCAACUGACUUAGAUGUCCCCUGAAACCAUGCUCCCCAAACCCCUGCCCCUGCUACUCUGGCCUAUGAAGCAUUCAGUUUAUUCAGGAAACUUCUUUGCUUUUGGUUUAUUCCAGUUGUGCUGACUUCCCCUGUAUUCUGUGUUGUCUUUCCCUACACCUAAAGUAGUUCUUAUCUACUAUCUAAUUAGUGAAUAUCCCUCUCCCACCCUCCCUCCCUCCCCCCUCAAUAACCACAAAAGAAUGUUUUUUUCUCAGUUUAAACUGUUUCUCAAGUUCUUAUAAUAGUGGUCUUAUACAAUAUUUGUCCUUUUGCAACUGACUAAUUUCACUCAGCAUAAUGCCUUCCAGGUUCCUCCAUGUUAUAAAAUGUUUCACAGAUUCCUCACUGUUCUUUAUCGAUGCAUAGUAUUCCAUUGUGUGAAUAAACCAUAAUUUAUCCAUACAUCCGUUGAUGGGCACCUUGGUUGCUCCUAUCUUUUUGCUAUUGUAAACAGUACUGCAAUAAACAUGGGUGUCCAUAUAUCUGUUUGUGUAAAGGCUCUUAUUUCUCUAGGAUACAUUCCGAGGAAUGGGAUUGCUGGAUCGUAUGGUAGUUCUAUUACUAGCUUUUUAAGGGAGUGCCAAAUCUAUUUCCAAAGUGGUUGUACCAUUUUACAUUCCCACCAGCAGUGUAUAAGUGUUGCAGUCUCUCCACAACCUCUCCGACAUUGAUUAUUUUGUGUUUUUUGGAUUAAUGUCAGUCUUGGAGUGAGAUGAAAUCUCAUUGUACUUUUGAUCUGCAUUUCUCUAAUGGCUAAUGAUCGUGAACAUUUCCUCAUGUAUCUGUUAGCUACCUGCAUCUCUUUAGUGAAGUGUCUCUUCAUAUCUUUUGCCCAUUUUUUAAUUGGGUUAUUUAUCUUUUUGUAGUUGAGUUUUUGCAGUAUCAUGUAGAUUUUAGGGAUCAGGCGCUGAUCGGAAAUGUCAUAGCUAAAAACUUUUUCCCAGACUGUAGGUAGUCCUUUUACUCUUUUGGUGAAGUCUUUGGAUGACCAUAGGUGUUUGAUUUUUAGGAGGUCCCAGUUAUCUAGUUUUUCUUCUGCACUGUUAAUAAAGUUCUGUAUACUGUUCAUGCCAUGUAUUAGGGCUCCUAGCAUUGUCCCUAUUUUUUCCUCCAUGAUCUUUAUAGUUUUAGAUUUUAUAUUUAGGUCUUUGAUCCAUUUUGAGCUAGUUUUUGUACAUGGAAUGAGGUAUGGGUCUUGUUUCAUUUCUUUUUUGCAGAUGGAUAUCCAGUUAUGCCAGCACCAUUUGUUAAACAGACUGUCUUUUCCCCAGUUAACUGACUUUGGGCCUUUGUCAAAUAUCAGCUGCUCAUAUGUGGAUGGAUUUAUGUCUGAAUUCUCAAUUCUGUUCCAUUGGUCUAUGUAUCUGUUGUACCAGUAUCAGGCUCUAUUUACUACUGUGGCAGUAUAAUAGGUUCUAAAAUCAGGUAGAGUAAGGCCUCCCACUUUGCUCUUCUUUUUCAGUAAAGCUUUACUUAUCUGGGGUCUCUUGCUCUUCCAUAUGAAGUUGGUGAUUUGGUUCUCCAUCUCAUUAAAAAAUGUCAUUGGGAUUUGGAUCGAAAUUGCAUUGUAUCUAUAGAUGGCUUUUGGUAGAACAGACAUUUUUACAAUAUUAAGUCUUCUUAUCCAUGAGCAAGGUGUUUUUCCACUUACGUAAGUCUCAUGUUUCUUGCAGUAAUGUCUUAUAGUUUUCUUUGUAUAAGUCUUUUACAUGUCUGGUAAGAUUUAUUCCUAAGUAUUUUAUCUUCUUGGGGGUUACUGUAAAUAGCUUUGAUUUUGGUGAUUUCCUCUUCGAUGUUCUUUUUGUCGGUGUACAGGAAUCCAACUGAUUUUUGUAUGUUUAUCUUGUAUCCCGAUACACUGCUGAACUCUUCUACUAGUUUCAGUAGUUUUCUUGAGGAUUCCUUAGGGUUUUCUGUGUAUAAGAUCAUGACAUCUGCAGAUAGAGAUACUUUUACUCCUUCCUUGCCAAUAUGGAUGCCCUUUAUUUCUUUAUCUAGCCUAAUUGCUCUGGAUAGGACCUCCAACACAAUGUUGAGUAAGAGUGGUGAUUAAGGGCAUCCUUGUCUGGUUCCCAGCCUCAGUGGGAAUGCUUUCAGGCUCUCUCCAUUUAGGGUGAUGUUGGCUUUGUAUAAAUGCCCUGUAUUAUGUUGAGGAAUUUUCCUUCUAUUCCUAUUUUGCUGAGAGUUUUUAUCAUGAAUGGGUGUUGAACUUUGUCAAAUGCCUUUUCUUCAUCAAUUGAUAAAAUCACGUGAUUCUUUUGUUUUAUUUGUGGUGGAUUACAUUGAUUGUUUUCCUAAUGUUGAACCAUCCCUGCAUACCUGGUAUAAAUCCCACUUGGUUAUGGUGAAUUAUUUUUUUGAUAUGUUGUUGAAUUCUAUUGGCUAGAAUUUUGUUGACAAUUUUUGCAUCUAUGUUCAUGAGGGAUAUAGGUGUUUAAUUUUCUUCUGGUGUCUUUACCUGGUUUUGGCAUCAGGGGUAUGGUGGCUUCAUAGAUUGAGUUUGGUAGUAUUCUGUCCUUUUCUAUGCUCUGAAAUACCUUAGUAGUAGUGGUAUUAACUCUUCUCUGGAAGUAUGGUAGAACUCUGCAGUGAAGCCGUCUUGGACCAAGCCUUUUUUUUGUUCGGAGUUUUUUUUAUUACCUUUUCUAUCUCUUUUGUUAUGGAUUUAUUUAGUUGUUCUACCUCUGUUUGUGUUAGUUUAGGUAGGUAGUGUAUUCCUAGGAAUUCAUCCAUUUCUUCUAGGUUUUCUGAUUUGUUAGAGUAUAAUUUUUCAUAGUAAUCUGAUAUGAUUCUUUUAAUUUCAGUUGAGUCUGUUGUAAUAUAACCCAUCUUAUUUCUUAUUCCGGUUAUUUGCUUCCUCUCCUGUUUUUCUUUUGUCAGUUUGGGCAGUGGUUUUUCAAUUUUGUUGACUUUUUUCAAAAAACCAGCUUUUGGUCUUGUUAAUUCUUUCAAUUGUUUUUCUAUUUUCUGUUUCAUUUAGUUCUGCUCUAAUUUUUAUUAUUUGUUUUCUUCUGGUGCCUGAGGGUUUCUUUUGUUGCUCUCUUUCUAUUUGUUCAAGUUGUAGGGAUAAUUCUUUGAUUUUGGCCCUUUCUUCUUUUUGGAUGUGUGCAUUUAUUGAUAUAAAUUGGCCUCUGAGCACCGCUUUUGCUGUGUCCCAAAGAUUCCGAUAGGAGGUGUUUUCAUUCUCAUUGGAUUCUAUGAAUUUCUUUAUUCCAUCCGUAUUGUCUUCUAUAACCCAGUCUUUUUUGAGCAGGGUAUCGUUCAGUUUCCAAGUGUUUGAUUUCUUUUCCCUGCUUUUCCUGUUAUUGAUUCUCACUUUUAUGGCCUUAUGGUCGGAGUAGAUGCUUUGUAAUAUUUCAGUGUUUUGCAUUCUGCUAAGCCUUGCUUUAUGACCUAAUAUGUGGCCUAUUCUAAAGAAUGUUCCACGCGUACUAGAAAAGGAAGUAUACUUGGUUGCUUUUGGGCGGAGUGUUCUGUAUAUGUCUGUGAGGUCAAGUUGGUUGAUUGUGGCUUUUAGAUCUUCCGUGUCUUUAUUGAGCUUCUUUCUGGAUGUCCUGUCCUUCACUGAAAAUGGUCUGUUGAAGUCUCCUGCUAUUAUUGUGGAGCUGUCUAUCUCACUUUUCAAUGCCGAUAGUUUGUUUUAUGUAUCUUGCAGCUCUGUCAUUGUGUGCAUUAAUAUUUAAUAUGGCUAUAUCUUCUUGGUGUAUUGUCCCUUUAAUCAUUGUAUAGUGUCCUUCCUUAUGAUAGAUUUAACUUUAAAGUCUGUUUUGUCAGAAAUUAGUAUUGCCACUCCUGCUCUUUUUUGAUUGUUGUUUGCUUGAUAUAUUCUCUUCCAUCCUUUGAGUUUUAGUUUGUUUGUGUCUCUGAGUCUAGGGCGUGUCUUCUGUAGGCAGCAUAUAGACGGAUCUUGUUUUUUAAUCCAUUCUGCCACUUUCUGUUUCUCUAUUGGUGCAUUUAGUCCAUUUACAUUCAGGGUAAUUAUGGAUAGGUAUGAAUUUAGUGCUAUCAUUUUGAUGUCUUUUUUUGUGUGUUGUAGACAGUUUCUUUUUCCCACUUAAUUUCAUGUGCUGAAUAGAUUAUAUAUUAUCUUUUCCUCAUAUUCAUUGUUGUUGAUUUUGUUUCUGCUGAGUCUCUGUUUUUUUCUUGUAUUUUAUUUUGAUGAGUAGGAUAGUUUGUCUCCUUUGUGGUUACCUUAUUAUUUACCCCUAUUUUUCUAAAUUUAAACUUAACUUUUAUUUUUUUGUAUUGCCACAUCUUCCUCUCCAUAUGGAAGGUGUAUGAUUACAUUUCUUAGUCCCUCUUUAUUAUUUUAAUGUUGUUUUCUUUUAUAAAAUAACAUCACUGUUACCCUGUUUUGAGCUUUUUGCGGGGGGGGGAAUUUCCCUGUCUGGGUUGACUUCUGGUUGCUCUGCCCAGUGUUCUGGUCAUGGGUUCAUACCUGAUAUUAUUGAUUUUCUAACCAAAUAACUCCCUUUAGUGUUUCUUGUAGUUUUGGUUUGGUUUUUACGAAUUGCCUAAACUUGUGUUUAUCUGGAAAUGUCUUAAUUUCAUCUUCAUAUUUAAGAGACAGUUUUGCUGGAUAUAUGAUUCUUGGCAGGCAGUUUUUUUCCUUCAGUUUAUUAAAUAUGUCAUCCCAUUGCCUUCUUGCCUGCAUGGUUUCUGCCGAGUAGUCCAAGCUUAUUCUUAUUGGCUCUCCUUUGCAGGUGACUUUUUGUUUAUCCCUUGCUGUUCUUACAAUUCUCUCUUUAUCUUUGGUUUUGGCAAGUUUGAUUAUAAUAUGUCUUGGUGACUUUCUUUUAACAUCUAACUUAUGUUAAGGUUUAUGUUAAACUUAUGUGGAGUUUGAUGAGCAUCUUGGAUAGAUAUCUUCUCAUCUUUCAUGAUAUCACAGAAGUUUUCUGCCAACAAAUCUUGAACAAUUCUUUCUAUAUUUUCUGUUAUCCCUCCCUGUUCUGGCAGUCCAAUCACUCAUAGGUUAUUUCUCUUGAUAGAGUCCCAUAUAAUUCUUAAGGUUUCUUCAUUUUUUUUAAUUCUUUUUUCUGAUUUUUCUUCAAAUAUAUUAGUGCCAAGUGAUACAUCUUCGAGUUCAGAAAUUCUGGCUUCUACUUGCUCAAUUCUGCUCCUCUGACUUUCUAUUGAGUUGCCUGCUUCUGUAAUUUUAUUGUUAAUCUGAAUUUCUGAUUGCUGUCUGUCUAUGGAUUUUUCCAGCUUAUUAAACUUUUCAUUAUGUUCCUGAAUAACCUUUCUGAUUUCUUCUACUGCUUUGUGUGUUCCUUGGCUUGUUCUGCAUAUUGCCCCAUUUCCUUCCUGAUGUCUUGAAGGGUUCCGUGUAUUAAAAUUUUGUAUUCUGGUUCUGGUAAUUCCAGGAAUGCACUUUCAUCUAGAAGAUCCCUGGGUUCUUUGUUUUGAGAGCCUGUUAAGGUGAUCAUGGUCUGUUUCUUUAUGUGACUUGAUAUUGACUGUUGUCUCCGAGCCAUCUAUAAGUUUUUGUAUUAGUUUAUGCCUGCUUACUGUGUCGUGACUUCUUGCUUUGUUUUGUUUUGGUAUAGCCCAAUGGGUUGCUUGAGUGAGCUAGCUUGAUUAUUUUCACCUUUGGAGAUCUGAUGUCCUGUCACCAGAUAGCUAGAGCUGUUAUCUGGUAAAUCAGUCUAGGAGUCCAUUCAGUUUUCUUGUAUGAAUUCAGCUCAGGUUUCCAGGUAGCUGGUCAUCAAGUGUGUGGUACAGGCUCUGUCCUACAGUCUUAGAGGGGCAGGGGUGUUUGGUGUAUAUACUGGUAUCUGAUUGCAUCAGGCGGUCACGCUCUGAACAAGGCAGGGGGCUGAGAACCGACCCCCGAGUGUCUCUGAGGAAAGCACGUCCCUGUUCCUAGAACGUGCAGGUGAGUGGGUUCUGCAGAUGGACCAUGGGCACCCAAAGUUUUUGGUUGUAAGGACUGGGAGGUACCAAUUAUCUUUGGACCCCAUCAUGGGUGGUUGGAUGACCUGAGUGGAGCUACCAGUCCUUAGGUCUCUGAUGUGGUAGGUGAGGACCUUGUUUAAUAGGCAAAGCAAUGUCAAACAUCAAACACCCACGUCUCCACUGCACAGCUAAAGCUGUUGAAGUCUGCCAACAAGGGCCUAUUCUCCUGAAAUAGGCCCCCACAGGUCCAUCCAGAAGGGAAAGGUGCUCAAAGUCCACAGACUGCUUAUGCCUGGACAGGAGCCGCUUCUGUCCUGAGCUCCCCCGGUUAGUGGAGCUAGCAAAUUAUCUUUUCCCCCAAUUGCAAAUUUUUUCCCUUCCCCAAGGCUGGGAGGAUAGCUCUAGGUGCUCAACAGUGCCUAUCUCAGGCCCAAGGAAUUCAGCCGCUGGAGCCGGCUUGGGGGUGGGGGGGUGAUGUAAAAUAUACGCAAGUACUUAGCUUUUGCCGAGAGCGCCAUUCUUCUCAGGUUCUGGAGGUGUGAGUAGGCUGUGUGGCUGGCUGCUUCUUCCUGAGGAAACUGAGGCCAAAUGCUAGUACCAGCCCUCCAGUGCCACUCCAGGAAUGGUGCCUGAGGGUUCCCCGUGAUUCAGGUCUGGUAACUCCUCUCCGCUUCUGAAUAGUCUCUUCCUCCCUCUGCUCCUCAGUUCGUUUUCUAAGCUUGCCUUUGAAGCUCAGGGCUUCCAGCUUGUCAUAAAUAUACUCGUUUCACUUGUUUUUUCAGGUCUUUGUUGUAAAGAGGGCUCACCGGAAGCAUCUGUCUAUUCUGCUCUCUUGGCUUCGCCUCCUCAUUGCCCAUUUUAGAUUCCAUUGUUCAUCAUUAUGCAGUCUCCUGGUGGUGCAAACAGCUUAUGUGCUUGGCUGUUAACCGAAAGAUUGGAGAUUCCAGUCCACCCAGAGACACCUCUGAAAAAAGGCCUGGUGAUCUUCUUCUGAAAGAUUAGCCGUUGAAAACCCUGUGGUGCACCGUUCUAAUCUGAUACAUUUGGGGUCCCCAUGAAUUGGAAAAAGCCAGUCAGCAACUGUUCUUAUGUUUUUGUUUUUUAAUUCAUCAUUAUAAAUCCUCCCACAGAUACCCUCAACUUUCCUCCCCCCCCC